UCGCCAUUAUAGAAGACGAAGAAGAAGAAGUAGUAAAACGUGUAUCAGCUGAGCUGGCUGAUGUGAAAACCCUAAAUCACAGUACGUGAUUUUAGAGCAUAACGAUAGACUAUUGGGAUGGAGAAUGACAUUCUCGUCUCUCUUGAAGAUUUAGGGUACCAAGGCCCUCUGUUGGAGGAAGGGGCUCUGGAUUCUGCUGUGAGCAGAGGAGCAGCUUCCCCUGAGUUUACUAAGCUCUGUGCUUGGAUCGUCUCAGAGCUUAGACUGUACUGCAAGCUGGAGGAGAAUGUCCAUGCCACUAACUGUCCGAGCGAGGCAGACAGCUUCCAGCUGGAGGUGAGCGGUCUGCUGUCAGAGCUCGCCUGUCCUUACUCUGUCCUCACCAGCGGAGACAUCACCCAGAGGCUCCUCAACAGGACAGACUGUCUGCUGCUCCUCACCUUUUUGGUGUCUGAGUUGGAGGCAUCGAGGAUGAUUCUGGUUAAUAAACCUGAGAAGAAAGCCCAGGAGUCAGGUAGCCCUGUGUUCCAGGAACUGAAGGGCAUCUGCAUGGCACUGGGCAUGUCCAAGCCUCCAGCCAACAUCACCAUGUUCCAGUUCUUCAGUGGAAUUGAGAAGAAGCUGAAAGAAGCCAUAAGUAGAGUCCCACCAAAUCACGUAGGAGAGCCUUUGAUGAAGAAGGCCCUUGGACCUGUGCACUUGGAAAAAAUUGAAGCUAUAAACCAAGCACUUGUAAAUGAGUAUGAAGUAAGAAGAAAAAUGUUGUUGAAACGUCUCGAUGUAACAGUGCAGUCUUUUGGUUGGUCUGACAGAGCAAAGACGCAUGCUGAAAAGUUGGCCAAAGUUUACCAGCCACUACGUUCUGCCCUUUGCACCAAAAGUAAAAUCUCUGUGGCCCACCUUCUUGCUGCCCGACAAGAUUUCUCCAAGAUCCUACGUACAAGCAGUGGCAAGAUAAGAGAGAAGACUGCUUGUGCCAUCAAUAAGGUUCUAAUGGGCCGAGUGCCAGACAGGGGAGGCCGACCCUGUGAGAUUGAGCCUCCUCCUCCAGAGAUGCCCUCCUGGCAGAAGCGUCAGGAUGCUCCCCAAGGCGGAGGACACUAUGGUGGGAGUGGGCAUGGAGGUGGCAGGGGGGGCUAUGAUCACUACUCCCAAGGUGGCCGUGGAGGAUACGAGAGAGGAGGCGGAGGAGGACAUGGAGAUAGGGGAGGUAGAGGAGGAAGCAGCAGAGGGGGGAAGGUGCAGGGAGGCUGGGGAGAUGGAGGUGGAGGAGGAAGAGGUGGUUACAACCAGGGCCACUACCAAGAUGCAGGAGGUCAUCAGGGGGGAGGAGGAAGAGGUGGUUACGGAGGAGGAGGGAUCAACCAAGGAGGCUUCCAGGACCCUGGUUACCAUGGAGGCGGAGGAGGCAGUUACCAUGACAACUAUUACCAAGAUGGAGGCUGGCAUCAGGAGAGAGCUGCAGGUCGAGGAGGUCGGGGGGGCAGGGGAAGAGGAGGCCGUGGAGGAGGGGGACAAGGCGGAGGCUGGGGAGGAAGAGGGGGCCAGAAUUUUAACCAAGGAGGACAGUUUGAGCAGUUCUUCCAACAUGGCGGGCAGCACUACAACCAAGCUGGCUUUAAUCAAGGCAGACACUACACUAGUUGAAGACGCAGUGUGGGGCAUUGCAGCAGAGCCCAGUCAACGAUCGACUGCUUAUCGUGCGUGAACAGAUUUUUAAAUGCCUUAUCAUCCAAUCUUGAAUUUUCAGCAUGGUUAAAAGUUGACUAAAAUGUUAAAUGAGGACCUGGACAUACACACAGAUACUGAAUACACUCAUUACAAGCUGUUUUGGAAUUAUUGCUUAAUACAGAGGGCAGUUCUAAUGUAGUCCUUUUUGCUUUUUCAAACUGGUGUUAAUGUUUUCUCUGCCUCCUCGAUAGGAAUAUUCAAACCAACAGCUCUGUUAUGGUUAGUCGAUUAGUUGGACUCUGCUGUUUUGACCUAAUUUUGACACUUGAUUAGCCUUAUAUUGGACUUUUUUUUUUUUUUUUUAAAGACAGGAAAGGUUCCUAAGAUUUCAGUGUUGGUGCACCUACUGUGUAUCUGACAUUAGAAGUGCAACUCAUUAUUACAUGUAGGAUUCUUGAAAUCCUUAAUAGUUUCAAUGAAUUUGACGAUUACUUGAAAACAGCUUAAUCUUUCCAGUCUGUUUUUUUUUUUUUUUUUCAAUUUUCAAUGGAUUUGAGAGGGAUCUCCUUGUUACUUAUUUAAAUGAUGUCAUCUUGGCACUGCUCCUGGAAGAUUGUGUGCAGACAAAGAUGGAUGUUGGAAGUGUGCAUGAAUGUGUGAAUGAGCAAUAAAGUCUAAAAUGAGAACAUUA